CCAUAUUCCUUAAACAACAAUUCAAUAAAUUCCUAAUUCCACCAACAUUUUAUUAUAUUAAAACCAUUCCAUCACCACUAACUUCAAUUCCACUAGCAUUUAAAAAAAUUAUUUACAUUCAUUCCAUACAUCUCAAACAAUUUCAUGCCAUCAUUACUCAAAUAACAUUAAUGCUAUAAAAAUGGCUCCAAAACGGCGUGGGCGCCCAAAGGGUAGCCGUAAGGAUCAGGGCACUCCUUCGAUCCCAGCUGCCAGUCCCUCUACUCAAGCUGCUCCGCAGGAGGGAGGGACGAGCAAUCCCCAAGUGUCUGCCUUUGUUCAGGAACUUAUGGCAGAGAUAAGACGCCAAGUAUCUCCUGCCACGAGUGUGCCACCUCCAUCCCCGGUGGUCUCCACUCCUACGGCCCCUGCUCCAAUUUCUCUUGUUCCUAUCUCUUCUGCUCCUGCUGUGCCUAGCUGGAAGGUUUAUUCAGAAUUUCGGAAGCUGGUGACCCAGAGAUUUGAUGGUACUGCAGGUUUUGAGCAAGUGGGAUCGUGGAUCACCGAGGUGGAGCGGGGAUUCCACCUACUGCACGUUUCUGAUGACCUUAAGGUCAAUGUAGGCAGUUUUAUGCUUGCUGGGAAAGCAUUAACUUGGUGGGUGAGUUAUAUGAAGCUACACCAAGGAGAGCCUGAAUUGAGCACCUGGGAUGGUUUUAAGAAGGUGUUCAUGCAAGAGUACAUACCGGAUAGCAGAAGGCGGGAACUGCAAAGGGAAUUUGCAGAUUUGAAGCAAGGGUCAGGUACUGUUGAGCAGUACAAGGAGGAAUUUGACCGCUAUCUGCCUUUUGUGGGUAGCCAAGUUGCCGAUGAGCAAGCCAAGGCUGAUAGAUUUCUGUGGGGCUUGAAUUCCGACAUUUAUUUGGCGGUAAACCAAUUUCAACCCGCCACUUAUCGAGAGGCAGCGGACAGAGCCAUAGACCAGGAGAAGGCUAUGGCUAGGGUCAAGUCCUCAGGACAGCACGGUGUCGGGUCAUACCUAGGGAAGAGAAAAUUCGAUGGGAGCCGUAGGCCCUUUGUCCCUGCACCGCCUAGGCCUGCUAUCAGCAAGGGUUCUAAAUGGUCAGGAGCUAUCAAGACUGGGGGCCAAGCAUCCACGGCCCAACGUGCUCGCCCUACUCCACCUACUUGCCACUUUUGUGGGAAGGUUGGGCACACCCAUGAUCAGUGCCACUUUUUUACUGGAGCUUGCUUCAAGUGUGGCAAGCAAGGACAUCAUAUUGCAAAUUGUUCGCUGCCAGACCCCAGAACUCAAAAUACCCAAUCUACGUCUCAACAAGGGUCUACCAAUCAAGGGGCACCGAAGCAGAAUGUCGGGGUUAGGACAAGAGCCCAACAGGCAAGAGCCCAAGCCCAGCAGGCAAGAGUCCACGUGAUGACCCACCAGGAAGUUGCAGUUAUCGACGUAAUCACGGGUACUUUGCCUGUUAGCUCUGAUUUUGCUCAUGUUUUAUUUGAUUCGGGUGCAUCGCACUCUCCUUUAUCGCUCGAUCUUAUGCUUUGAAAGCCUGUUGAUACCUCUGAUUUUGAAUUGCAUGUAGACACCCCUUUAGGAGGGGUGAUGACUACUAGAGAUGUGUGUAGAACUGUGAAUAUCUAUAUUGAUGGUAGACAGUUGAGUGCUAAUCUGUUUGUUUUAGAUAUCUCCGAUUUUGAUAUCAUUUUGGGGAUGGAUUGGUUGUCAAAACAUUUUGCUUCUAUAGACUGUUAUCGGAAAUGGAUAAAUUUUAAUAUUCUUG